AGCAUGCGUAGUAUAAGAAGAUGGAUGGCUUACGACAGGAGCAGAAACAUUUACGCCAAGGGUUUGGUUUGUGCUGACCCGCCCGUCCUGGCCGGCAAAGACCUGCUACAGUUGGAGGACGACGAGCUGAUAUGUCGUACACCUGACACUGAACUACAGCUACACCAAGACAUGAUGGUGGACAGAGGCUCAGAGGUUCUGUUGUCCUGCGCCUCAGAAGAUCCAUUAUGGUGGACACCCAGUAGUAAGCCUAUGAAGCGACUGCAGUCUACUCUCCUCAUCAGCGAUGUUACGGAGGAAGACACGGGUCUUUACGUGUGUUUGUCUAAGGACCAUAAGGUUGUGUCCGUCUUUCACCUCCAAAUCAGAGCAAACAGAAAACCUCGAAGCGUAUCUGGAAGCAGCCAGCUGAUAAUACCACAAGUACCUGCCAACAGGUCGGCUGAAAAAAGGAAUAGGAAUGCAAUGCAAUCUGACUUGACACUAGCGGUCUGUCUGUCCGUCUUCAUCACAUUUCUGGUUGCCUUCAUCCUUGGAGUACUUGCAAGACCUUGUAUCGAUGUUCUCUGGAGCAAAAUCACCAAGAAAAAGAGCUCCCCUGCACCUGACUCGGUCUCAUCUGCGAGACAAUAUGACAACGAGGCCUACUCCGAAGAAGAGUCCCAGGAGGUGGUACAACAUCACAGGGAAAGGAGAGUCACAUUUAGCGAGGUGGACUUCAGGGAGGGAGAAAAUAUGGAAUAUUAUGACACCAUUAUCCGCAGUGGACAGGAAAGAACAGAUGAUGCAGUCACUGAAAGUGAGACAGUCAGUGCUGAGACGCAACAAAAGGAUGAUUCAGGAAGUGAAUCCGACAGGAAUGGUUCAGAGGUUACGAGAGAGCUCUCAAGACAAUACCAAGAGGUUGUAGACAUUGCAAGUGGCAGCAAAGUGGAAAAAAGGAGAGGUUCGUCAUGCAGCUCUGGUUCCUCACUUUAUGAUGAAGUAUCACAUGAGGACCAGUUUAUCCACAAGCCCUUUGAAAGAGAAAAAGACACUGUUCAACAGCGAGGUAAUUCCAAUAAGUCAAAUAACAAACCUCAAACUUUAAAUGACAGCACGAGUGAAAUUGGCAGAGGGGUAGCAGAUACCGAGCUGUGGCAGGAAAGUGAAGAACAGUUUGACUUUAGCGAUUCCGUCCGCAGCACAUCUCCUAGAACCAGCAGCCGGAUUGGCUCUUUUAAUCAUUCCGAACAAAUUGUGAAGCUGGGGACGUUGAAGAGAGAGGAAUCCUCUAGCUCUAGCUCAUACGUCAGUGACAAUGAACCUUCUCAUUACACGGUCAACCCAGACGAAGAGGAUGUGGAGGAGGAACAAAGAAGAAGCCAAACAGAAGCCAGGGUCUCCGUUCGUCAAAGAUCUGACGAUGGUUAUGACAGACUACCGCCAUUGAGAUCAAAGCACUUCUCCUUCCCUCAAUCCAGUGACACUGAUGAUGAUUCUGGUGCUUAUCCGGCUCAUCCAUCCCGUUCCAGCGGUGAGAGCGAUGAGGAACAUACCUCAAAGAAUCCCAACGUAGUUGUAGAUGUUAAGUCACCAUCAGCAAUGUCAUUCCCUGGUGAAGAUGAGACGCAAGUAAAAAGACAACGGUCACCUGCAAUAAACGACCCAGAAACACACUGGCCUACCCUCGAUGUGGAGCACAUACCACGCAUUAAUAGGCAUCUAGAUAUUAAAAGAACUCAUUCACUCUCAAGCAGUGACAGUGAAGACAGCACAAGACCAGACCCAGAAUUGUUGUGGCCUGCAAUCAAUUUGUUGGAUACCAAGGCACCUGGAGACUAUGCUCAAACAGCACAUCACAGAAACAGGCCCAGGCCAGGGAAAGUAGGCACGUCAGGAGUUCCAUCUUUGAGUUCAAGUAGUGACAGCGAGAAAAGGAUAGAGGACACAAAAGUAUCUUAUGAAAUGGAUGCUACCACUGCACGGCAUCGCACUAAAGAAGGCUGGCCAGUGCUUGAUCUUGAGCGUCCUAUCCCAGUCCAGAGGAGUUUACAUAUUAAAUCACCAACUUUAGAUUUAUCAUCCAGCAGUGACAGUGAGGAUGCAACUACUAAUCACAUCACAGAACAUGAGCUAAAGACCACAAAUGUAACAAGUUACCCCAUUAAAGGGCCACCAACACCAAGUCAUGAACCACAAAGACUUUGGCCCUCAAUUGAUCUUGAAGAUUCUUUCAGAAUUAAGAGGCGUUUAGAUUUCAAAGUGCCGUCGCUAGCUUCAGAAUUCUCAUUCAGCAGCGAUAGUGACAAUGAAAUGAUAAAAAGCAUCACUAAACAAGAGCAAGGGGCUACAAAUGUCACUAAAUAUCGCAUUAAAACAUUGCCAAUACCAACUGAACAACCACAAGGACCUUGGCCCUUACUUAAUCUUGAGGAUUCUUUUAGAAUUAAGAGGCGUCUAGAUUUUAAAGUGCCAUCCCUAACUUCAGAUUCAUUGAUUAGCAGCAAUCGUGAGAAUGAAACUACGAUUCGCAUCACAAAACAGGAGCAAGGGUCCACAAAUGUAGCUAGGAACCCAGUUAAAGCAUUACCAACAUCAAGUCAUGAACCACAAAGACGGUGGCCUUCAGUUGAUCUUGAAGAUUCUUUCCGAAUAAAGAGGCGUUUGGAUUUUAAGGUGAGGUCACCCACUUCAGAUUGGUUGUCCAGCACUAAGGAGGAAACUAAUGAUCGUGUCAGUGAACAGAAGCAAAAUACCACAAAUAAAACAAGCUACCCCAUUAAAGGUCCACCAACACCAAGUCGUGAACCACAAAGACUCUGGCCCUCAGUUGAUCUUGAAGAUUCUUUUAGAAUUAAGAGGCGUUUAGAUGUCAAAGUGCCAACACCAACCACAAAUUUGUCAUCAUGCAGUGAUAGUGACAAUGAAACUACAAAUCGCAUCACCAAAAAGGAGCAAGGGUCCACAAAUGUAGCCAGGAACCCAGUUAAAGCAUCACCAAGACCAAGUCAUGAACCACAAAGACUUUGGCCAUCAGUUGAUCUUGAAGAUUCUUUCAGAAUAAAAAGGCGUUUAGAUUUUAAAGUUCCGUCACCAACUUCAGACUCCUCAUCCAGCAAUAGUGGGGAUAAAACUACAAAUCGCAUCAUCAAACAGGAGCAACUGGCUACAAAUGUAACUAGGUACCCCAUUAAAACGUCACCAAAAGAUCCACCACAAGGACCUUGGCCCUCGCUUGAUCUUGAGGAGUCUUUCCGAAUAAAGAGGUGUUUGGCUUUUAAGGUGCAGUCACCAACUUCAGAUUGGUUGUCCAGCAGCGAAAUUGAGGAGGAAACUAUUAAUCACCUAAAGGAACAGACACAAAUGACCACAAAUAUAACACCGUACCCCAUAAAAAAGCCACCAACACCAAGUCAUGAACCACAAGGACCUUGGCCCUCACUUGAUCUUGAGGAUUCUUUCCGAAUAAAGAGGCAUUUGGCUUUUAAGGUGCAGUCACAAACUUCAGAUCGGUUGUCCAGCAGCGGUAUUGAGGAGGAAACUACUAAUCGGGUCAGCGAACAGAAGCAAAAGACCAUAAAUAUAACAAGGUACCCCAUUAAAGAACCACCAACACCAAGUCAUGAACCACAAAGACUCUGGCCCUCAGUUGAUCUUGAAGAUUCUUUCAGAAUUAAGAGGCGUUUGGAUUUCAAGGUGCCAUCACCAACCACAGAUUCAUCCAGCAGUGAUAGUGACAAUGAAACUACAAAUCGCAUCACCAAACAGGAGCAAGGGUCCACAAAUGUAAUUAGGUACCCCAUUAAAAUACUGCCAACACCAACUGAACAACCACAAGGACCUUGGCCCUCACUUAAUCUUGAGGAUUCUUUCCGAAUAAAGCGGCAUUUGGCUUUUAAGGUGCAGUCACCAACUUCAGAUCUGUUGUCCAGCAGCCAAAUUGUGGAGGAAACUACUAAUCAUGUCAGCGAACAGAAGCAAAAGACCACAAAUAUAACAAAAUACCCCAUUAAAAGGCCACCAACACAAAGUCAUGAACCACAAAAACUUUUGCCCUCAGUUGAUCUUGAAGAAUCUUUCAGAAUUAAGAGGCGUUUAGAUUUCAAAGUUCUGUCACAAACUUCAGAUUCUUCAUCCAGCAACAACAGUGAGGAUGAAACUAAUAUUCACAUAACUAAACAAGAGCAAGUGACCACAAAUGUAACUAGGUACCCCAUUAAAACGGCACCAAAAGAGCCACCACAAGGACCUUGGCCCAUUCUUGAUCUUGAGGAUGUUUUCCGAUUAAAGAGGCGUUUGGAUUUUAAAGAACAGUUAGCUUCAGAUCAGUUGUCCAGCAGUGACAGUGAGAAUGAAACUAAUAAUCACGUCACAAAGCAGGAACAAAAUGUAACGAGUUACCCCAUUAAAGGAUCACCAAUACCAAGUUGUGAACCCCAAAUAAUUAGGCCCUCAGUUGAUCUCGAAGACUCAUUUAGAAUUGAGAGGCGUUUGGAUUUCAAAGUGAAAUUACCAACUUCAGAUUCAUUGUCUCGCAGCGAUAGAGAGAAUGACACAAAAAAUACCAUCACAAAACAGGUGCAAGGGGCCACAAAUGCAACUAGGUACCCCAUUAAAACAUCGCCAACACCAACCGAUUCAGUACAUGGACCUUGGCCUUUGCUUAAACUUGAGAAUUAUUUCCAAAUAAAGAGGCGUUUGGAUUUCAAAGUGCCAUCCCCAAGUCCAGAUUCUUCAUCCACAAGCGAUAGUGAGGAUGAAACUACUAAUCACGUCACAAAAGAGGAUCAAGGGACCACAAAUGCAACAAUGUACCCCAUUAAAACGCUACCAACACCAAUAAAUCACCCACAAGGACCUCGGCCCACUCUUGAUCUUAAAGAUUCUUUGAGAAUCACGAGACGUUUGGAUUUCAAAAUGCAAUCACCAACUUUAGAUUCAUUAUCCUGCAGCGACAGUGAUGAUGAAACUACUAAUCACAUCACAAAGCAGGAACAACAGACAAAUGUAACACGGUACCCCCAUUAA